AUGGCCGCACUUCGAUACGCAUGCGCUAGUACAGCGGUGAGAGUUGGAGCCGCGCAGACUGGGCGGCGGCUUUCAACUGAGGAAGGCGGCGAGGCGAAGAAGGACGAUACAGUCGCGUCUGAGGAAGGCGUGGCGACGGUGAGAACAGACAACGGCGCGGGCGUGCCUGAGGUAGGCGUGGCGGCAACGACAACAAAUGCUGAAUCGAUGACGGCCGUGCAGCUCGGGCUUGAGCUGACGGACGAGCUGUUAACGGAUCUGGGUAGUGCUGCGAAAGUCAGGACGGCGGUGAAGGGCGCUCGACGCGACACUAAGCGUCGACGUGCGCAGCGAGCAAUUCAACGCAAGCGUGCGGUCGGGGGACGACGAAGUCAGUGGUGGCAGGUAGCCGCACUCGAAGAAGAGCAGCAUGUACGACGACGACAGCAGGCUGAUUGA